AUGGCUUCUAAGGCGAGCUCGAAUUUGCCGUCGCCUCCUGGGGAGACUGCCAAUGGCGGCAACAGGAGGUUGGGGAUCACUGUGUUUUCGGGAGGCACAGCAGCCAACAACCUAGUCGACCUCUUCAACAGAAUCGCCCGCCCAUCAUCCUCUUCCGGCACCCAGACCCCCACCUCCUCAUCCGCCAGUAAGACUGGCUCCUCUGACGAAGUCAGCCGACAACGCCAGCUAAACUACAUCAUCCCCAUCUCCGACAACGGCGGCUCAUCCUCCGAACUCAUCCGUUUUGUGGGAGGCCCCUCCGUAGGCGACAUCCGCUCCCGCCUCGUCCGUCUCAUCCCCACCACCCCCUCAAACCUCACCUCCUCCUCCAAAGAAACCUCCUCCCUCCGCAACCUGUUUGAACACCGCCUCUCGCCCGACCCCAUCGCCGCGCGGGGUCAAUGGGCCGAUAUCGUCGAGAGCCGCUCCCUACUAUGGGCUUACAUCCCCAACGAGAAAAAGGAGCUCAUCCGUUCCGUGUUGAAUAUCCUGAAUGCAGAAAUCGUCAAGCGGGCAAGACCGCCGAAUGUGUUCAACUUUGCCGGGGCGUCGGUGGGGAACAUGUUCCUCACGGGAGCGAGGCUCUUGACGGGGAGUUUUGAGGCGGGGAUUUACCUGCUGAGGAUGAUAUGUGAGAUUGGGGGGUGGGUGAGGGUGCUGCCGGCGGUGAACUCGAAUCAUACGCAUCAUAUCAGUGCUGGGUGGGUUAACGGGGAGAUGGGGGAGAGGGGGGUGUUGACCGGGCAGGUGGCUAUUAGUCACCCUAGUGAGCCGACUAGCAUUCCUGAUGAGGGGUUGCCGCCGCAUCAUAUGGGAGGAGGGGGGAUGGGGAGGUUGUUGGAGGUUGAUGAUGAUGAGGGGAAUAUGCCGGGCAGUUUGCCUGUUUUGCGGAGGCAGAAUUUGAAGUUUAGCAAAGAAGAGGAGGAGGAUUUACCGGGGGGACAGGGGACGAGGAUCGAGAGGGUUUGGUAUAUCAAUUUGUAUGGGCAUGAGAUUAUGCCAAAGGCUAACCCGGAGGUGGUGAGGGAGCUGAGGGAGGGGACCGAGGUGGUGGUGUAUAGUGUGGGGAGUUUGUACACGAGCAUUGUGCCGAGUUUGAUAUUGAGGGAGGUGGGGGAGGCGAUUGAGAAGGUUGGGGGGAUUAGGAAGAAGGUGUUGAUUUUGAAUAGCAAGUUGGACAGGGAGACGAGGGGGAUGGAUGCGAGUGGGUUUAUCAAGGCGAUUUGGAGGGCUUGUGUGGAGAGUCGGAGGCCGGAGGAUGUGGAAUUGUUGGAGUGGAGGAGGGUGGUGACGCAUUUGGUGUUUAUUGAUCCGGAGAUGGUGGAGGAGAGGGAGAUGAGGAAGCAUAUGCCACAGGUUGAUGUGGAAUUUCUGGAAAAGCUGGGGAUUCACUGUGCUCCGGUUCAGGGGAGGGCAGUGGGAGAGGGUAAGGCGAGGAUGAUGAGGUAUGAUGAGGAGGAGUUGAGAGAGACGUUGGAGAGGAUUAUCGAUAUGUGA